GUUUUCUUUCCUUCACCUUGACAGUGCUUUAUGAGUCCUCUGGCUAUCGACCUGUGGUUUGGAGCCAAACCCAUCUUUCUUUCUUUCCUGCUUCGGUGUUGAGAACCGACGCUGGCCCUGUUUCUGAUGAUUGCACAGGAAAACUGACAUCAGCUCACAUCCCUCUUGCCAUUCCCUUCCUCCCUUACCUUUCUUGUGACUAGAACGCCUAGUUACUGAGAAUGACCACGCCUCUCACCAUGGAGUCUCACAAGAUCCCUGACCUCAAUGUCACCGACUUUGCCUCUUCUCACAACUCGGCAGCCAGUGCUCUCCCUUCUCCUGGCCGGAACCCUCAUUUCACCCCCAUCGCCCUUCGACAGAAAACCCACACCUCGAUGUAUCUCGACGAAUAUUUCAAAGGGCCCCGAGACAUGACUCAUCAUUCCAAAUGGCCACUUUUUCUUCGACUCCAUGGCAGCAUCAUUCCAAAGAUGAUCAUUCCUCUCACUUUCGUCGCCACUUGGGCUACCGCCGUCACCUGCAUCUCCAAGUUUGUUUACAACCUCGGUAUCAAUCCGGUCUUGCUUACUAUCACCGGUUUUGUCGUCGGUCUGGCUCUUUCCUUCCGAUCCACCACGGCUUACGAACGGUAUAGCGAGGGACGCAAGUAUUGGGCACAGCUCCAGGUCACCGCUCGAAGCCUUGCUCGACUGAUCUGGAUCCACACCCAAGAGAGACAUGCACAGGAUCCAGAACUCGGCAAAGCCGACAUUUUGGCCAAAUUGACAGCACUCAAUCUCAUCAAUGCCUUUGCCGUGUCUUUGAAGCACCGCCUCCGCUUCGAACCCGCUGCCAACUAUCCAGACCUGGAACCUCUGAUCGGUAACAUUUACACCCUUGCUCAAAUGGCUGACCAGUCAAAACUGCAACAAAAUAAGCAAACAGCAUGGAAAGAGUUUGCUAGCUGGUUGGACAUCCCCUUUGGCCAGUCCAAUCCUCGCAAAAUCUUGAAAAAGAGUCGAGAAAACCUUGGCAACGUCCCGCUCGAGGUGCUCAACUACUUGUCAGCUUAUGUCGAGGAGACCAUCCAGAACGGCACCAUGAAAGUUCCUGCUCACCAAACCCAGCUGAUGAACGGAUUGGCCACAUUUGCCGACGUUCUUACUGGAACUGAGCGUGUUCUCAACACUCCCGUCCCUCUCGCCUACUCCAUCUCCAUCAGUCAAAUCACCUGGGCCUACAUCCUGGUCCUGCCGUUCCAGCUUUAUAAGAGUCUAGGAUGGGUAACCAUUUUUGGGACCAUGCUAGGAGCUUACAUCAUCCUUGGCCUUGCUGCAAUUGGGUACGAGAUUGAGAAUCCCUUUGGAACCGAUGUCAACGAUCUGCCACUUGACAGCUAUUGCCGCGAGAUUGCCUCAGAUAUCGAUGUUCUGACAUCCAUGGCUCCUCCGAGCUCCUCCAAGUUUGUGACAACUGAACGCAACAAGGUACUCUUCCCGUUGAGCGAGAGCAGCUACAGCAGUUGGGCGGAGAAGUCAGUGGAUGAGAUUCGCAGCGCAUUGAGGGCCAAGGCCACCACAGCAGCCACUAGUGUUGACCUAGAGAGAUUCGUGGCGGCAGCAGAAAGCACCGAGGCUGCUCGAGAUGCGGCUCGCAAGGAGGAAGAGACCCAGGAGAAAGGCCGGCAUCUUAACGGUCACGCAGGCGAUGCUGUGUGAGAGGGUCAGGACUGAGCCUGAAACAGGUAGGGAGUUGUAUCGAAUUUUGUUGCAUAUUAGCGCGGACAUGAAAAUGCAUCAAUCCAAAAAGCUCAAUGGCAGGUUCAAAAGUUGAUAAAACGCAUAUGGUCAAGCAUAUUGAGCGUGGGUAUUUUAUAUGGGUUAUUUUCGCAUACUAGAUAGAUGAUCACAUAUCAGACAUGUAUGAAUGGCAGCAUAUCAUCAAUACCUUGAAA